GUUGACAUGUCAACACUCGGUCAAAAUGUCACCACGUCUCAAAAUAUCAAAAUAUGUUAUUGAGAGGUUGUCUCUAAUAGAUACGGAGGAGAGCACAGGAUGUUUGUAUGGGCUUAUGUACGAUGGCAUCCUACUUGUCGUAGGACUGAGUUUAGAAUUGUUUGAAAAAGAAAAGAACACAUAUAACCAAUUGCUCCUCAAUUUGCCCGCCGAGAUAGAACUUUGCGGUGUCAUUAAAUUCAGCGACUCCUUAACUAUAGAAAAUAAAGCAAAAGAAAUACUGCAGGAUGUAGAUAUAACAGACAAUCCUCUUGUUAUUAUCAUAAGUAAAGAGAAAAAUAUAAAAGCACAUUUCUUAGUACAUGACAAGUUUGAGGAGACAAGCUAUGAGGUUAUGGAAAAUGAUGAGCUAUGGAAACAGUUUCUUCAUGUUCGUCUAAAUACUAUAUUGCCACUUACAUGUGAGGCUACUAUAGCUGGUGUGAAGAAUACACUACAAAAUAAAAGAAAAAAGAUAGCUUCUGGUCAAGUAUCAUUCCACAUAGAUGGUACAGCUGUAUAUCUGUUUGGUAUAGCAUCAGAUGUUGGAGUAACUGGUACAAGCACUGAGGCAAAUAUUGGUGAACUGAUAGACUCCAUGAGUGCAGAGCAACCAUCUAAAAAGAAGAAAAUUAAUAUACAUUCUUUGAAUAUAAUUCCUGUGAAUUUAGUUAUGAAGACAACAAAGGAUAUUUUAUCUGAUAAGCUUGUGAAAACAGCUGUUAAAAUGAUGACUACGCAAAGAAAACGUAAGGCUGCAUUUUGCAUCAGUAUGCCAUUGAAAGUGGAUACAUUGGCAAUGAUACACUGUAACACAAAGUUGUCGGAGCUGUACACAGUAUUGGUGGAAGCAGCGUGUCGUUCACUCAGAUUGCUGGAGAGUGUACUGCUUGAACAACUAGGUCAAGAAGGUAUUGGUGAUGGAGCUGGAUUACGUUUGCCUGAAACAUUCCACUAUUUACCUGAACAGCUUGGACAUUUCUUAACUCGAGUUGUGCCCAAAUCUAUACCGGACGAGAGCAUGGAACGCGAGAGAAUACAGUUACACGAGCAAUUAGCUUUACCUACUGACAAGCCUAUAUUCCGACGAGGCAAUGCAUACAUCACAUAUGGUGGUCGUCUGGUUAACCCUCACGAAGCUCUACCAAUGCCCUCCUCUGUGCCGCAUGUGACAGUGGCGUUAGUAAGAGGCCGGUACACUUACCAUCAUUAUAUGCAGGACAACUUCAAUGAUGAUGGAUGGGGUUGUGCAUAUCGUUCUAUGCAAACGAUUUUUUCAUGGUUCAGGUAUCAAGGUUAUAACACGACCAAUAUACCAACACAUAGAGAGAUCCAAGAGUGCCUCGUUAAUAUUGGUGACAAGCCGACAACAUUCAUUGGGUCCAGGCAAUGGAUUGGCUCCACAGAAGUCAUGUUUUGUCUGGAGACUCUCCUCGGAGUUCAGUCAAGGAUCAUAUUUGCUAACACCGGAGCGGAGCUGCAGAGUUACACACCAGAGUUGAUUCAUCAUUUCCAAAAGCAUGGUAGCCCUAUUAUGAUUGGGGGCGGAGUACUAGCACAUACAAUCAUAGGUGUUGAAUAUAACUCUGAGAAAAAUGAAACUCGCUACCUUAUUCUUGACCCUCAUUACACAGGUGCAGAUGACAUAACAACUGUGGUAGGUAAGGGCUGGUGCGGAUGGAAGACAUCAGACUUUUGGAAUAAAACCGCUCAUUAUAAUCUCUGUUUGCCACAAACUAGACCUUGUAUUUAGGUAUAAUUAUUUAAUAUGCAUUUCUUUUUAUUUUAUGCUCUAAACUACUUGGGUUAAACAACUUAAAUAAUGUUGGAACGGUUUGUUAUUUUUAUUUACUACGCUUAGCUUCUUUGUCUGUCAAGGGUCCAGUAUUCAAUUCUCAACUAAAGUAACUUAUUCAUAUUUCCCUCCAAUAAUGUACUGAAUUGCAUGAGAAUAUAGUAAAAGAAAGUAAUUUUAUUGAAUAUAAUGAAUGUAUCUUGAAUGAAGAUAGACAUUACCUAAGGUUGUUUCAAAAUCCGUAAAAUUUUAUAUAAUAGUAAAACAUUAGAGCACCAUUAAUAAAAUAAU